GAGGCAAGCAUUGAAGCCAAAGCAAAACACUAUUGUGUUCAGGAGGUUGGUCCUUCCUCAUAUAAAGGCCACUAUUACCAUUUUACUUUACCAAACCCCUUUCCCAAUCUCUUUUUCUCUACCAGCCGACUUCUUCAUCUUCCCAUACCUGUUCACUCUCACGUACACUGCUACCACCUUCUUAAAACUAUAGCUUCCAAGAAAUCAAAGCCCAAACACCUAGUUCCUUUGCCUCAUUCCUCCCAGGAAGGAGCUACCACCUGUUCUAGAUCAAAAGUACACAACACCAACAUUAAAAUUAAAUACUUUGAGUUACUAAACAAUAAACAUGACACUUUUUAAUAAACUCAGUGAUAAAACUUUCAAUUUAUCUAACAAAUUUAUAUGUCAAACCGUGUGAUCAAAAUUUGUUUUUGUUAAGCCACCCAAGAGUCGGUCACAAACUAGUUUUUUUAUAGACUAGAAAGGAAUAGUCGACUCGCCUGUCAGAAUUUGACCCGGCUUUAUCUUCCUCCCUGUACUUGUUCCGAUAAAAAACAGAAACAGAUUAACGAAUGCUAAUCGACUUCGAAAAAAGUCCGAUUAUCUCUUUAUAUAUCGAUUUCGAUUCGACCAAAAGGGAGCCUCUCUCUUCCGAUCAGCUCGAAAUUGCUCUCCCGCGUUAUCUCAAGUCUCAACGUCGAUCGCUACUCAAAUUUUCUGCGAGCAGAAGCUCGAGGUGGGCAAACUGGAACGAACCCAAUUUAGCCGGAGGACGAAUUCUGUUAAUGGAUGGCAAUAAUCAGAUGGCUCCUGCGCUUGGGGGAGAAGCUCCUGUGGAUGGGGGUGACUGGAGAGCUACACUGCAGGCGGCGUCACGGCAAAGAAUCGUGAACAAAAUAAUGGAGAAAAUUAUGAGGCAUAUACCUUAUUCUGGCCAUGAGGCUGAGGGGCUACAAGAACUGAAGCAAAUCGCUAUACGGUUGGAGGAAAAGAAUUAUACUGCUGCAACUAGUCAGUCUGAUUAUUUGCGCAAGAUAUCUAUCAAGAUGCUCACAAUGGAGAACAAAUCACAGAAUUCUAAACCCAAUUCGUUGCUGCCUAGCUCAGCAGGCACUGUCAAUAAGCUCCCUAAUCCAGGAGCUGGGACGAUGAUGUGUGUACAUUGUAAAAGGAAAAUGCCAGAAGUGGACAGCGAGCCGUUCCUGGAAUUAGGAACCAGUAACAAUAAGGCAAAGAAUGUCCAGGAAGCCAUAUGCCCAGUCCCAACACAAAAAGAAUCCAUCUUCAGUUGCCCUAUAUGCAUGAAUGAUCUGGUCGAGCCAACAUCCACAAAAUGUGGCCAUAUCUUUUGUAAAGAGUGCUUAAGAAAAUCACUAGCAUCCUUCGACAACAAGUGCCCUACCUGCACGCAGAAGGUUGGUAAACGUGGCUUCUUCAGAGUCUACCUUCCCACCACAAACUGAAUGAAAGGGUGAAUGCUUGGAAGCUAGCUCUUAGGAUAGUAGUAUACAGGCUGCUUUCUUCAAUCUGCAAAACCAGCUAUUAAGCUGCAACUGCAAUUUGGUUCACGAAGUUGAAUAAUCAAAGGUGGUUCACAAUUCUUGACGACUCCUACCGAGUAAAUCAUGAGCUCUGUUGGGUAUCUGACAGCAGCUCUUUCUUUGUAAGUUGUCAAUGAUACAGAUAGACUCGUAUUGACGAUUCAGGAUUUACUGCAAUUAUACAAUUACCAUUUUUCUUUCCUGCAGCUGUUUUUAUCCCCAUCAAGGUUACGUAUACUGUAAAUAUUCUCUAUUUGCAUCAAAGGAUGAUCAAAAGCUUUAGUGGUGGAAGUGUUGCAAGUGCAUAAUUUCGAAUGCCACAUUCUCUGUAACUAGUCAGUUUUAAUA